GCUAAACGUCAUCACAGACGCAAAUGGAACUUCCGUUUGUGGUCCUCCUUCCUCAAUCAUCUAGAAGCAAACUCCAGAAAGAUCCGUUCAUGAUAUUUAACUACUCGCCAAAUCCCUCUAAUAGAGGAAGUAUCGAGCUUUGAUCUGCACUGCGUGUUGUGAUUACUGGAAUUAGAAGAAGAAGAAGAAGAAGAAGAAGAAGAAGAAGUGAGAGAUGUCAGGUCCUGAGUGUUGCUCAAACCCUCCAACCCUCAACCCCAGUGCUGGAGCUGGUCGAGUAGAAAAAGUUGGUGGCGUCGAUUCUUACAUCACUGGCUCCGCCGACACCAAGCUUGCCGUUCUCCUGAUUGCCGAUGUUUUUGGUUAUGAAGCGCCAAAUUUGAGGAAGCUUGCAGACAAAGUUGCUGCUGCAGGGUAUUUUGUAGUAGUUCCUGAUUUCUUCCAUGGUGAUCCCUUUGAUACUGAGAAAGCUGACCGGCCACUAUCUGUUUGGAUAAAAGAUCAUUCACCGGUCAAAGGUAUUGAAGUUGCGAAACCUGUGAUUGAAGCCUUAAAAGGUAAAGGUAUUUCAGCAAUUGGGGCUGCUGGUUUUUGCUGGGGUGCCAAGGUUGUGGUUGAAGUUGCAAAACAUGGACUUAUUAAUGCUGCUGUGCUAUUACACCCAUCAUUAGUCACUGUGGAUGACAUCAAGGGUAUUGAAAUUCCAAUUGCUAUACUUGGAGCUGAGACUGACCAUAUUUCUCCUCCAGAACUUGUUAAACAGUUCGAACAAAUCCUAUCUGCUAAGCCUGGGGUUCAUAGUUUCGUGAAAAUAUUUCCUCAAGUUGCACACGGGUGGACUGUGAGGUACAACACUGAAGAUGCUAAAGCCGUGUCAGCGGCUGAAGAGGCGCAUCAAGACUUGUUGACUUGGUUUGCCAAGCACGUUAAAUGAGAAAUCUUGUUCUGCGGAAAUUUUCUAUGUGGAUUAUAUCGCAUAUUAGAAUAGAAGAUAUCAGUAUUCAUCCACACGCAUGCAACUACUUAUUAUGUGUAAAUGUCCUCUGAUGUCGCUGCUGAUUUGUUCUAGCAGCAAGUCCUGUGCAUCGUGUCAAAGCAUAGUUGUCAGGGAAAUAAAUGAUGGCGUGUCACUUAUUGGACAUGAAUCCCAUUGCUAGGUUGAAUGUAGCAAUGUUUCCUCCUGCAAGCAAUCCAUAUAGCUGACUUCUCUUAGUGAGAUAAGACUUAUUAUUGUUUUAAAAUCUAAUAUGCUUCUAGCUAUGCAGUUUUUUAA